AUGCGCCGACACCCUCUCCGCCCUACGCACACCUCGCGAGCCUCCACUCCUCCAGAUGCUUUGAGUCUCAUCCAAAGCUACGACUCCGACCUGAACCCCUCGCGACCUGUCAGGUCUUCACCCCUCGGCUCUUCCACUGAUACAGGCCUACCUCUUGAAUUGCUUGAUCGACUCAAAGCAUUUCCUCUUUUCCAGACUGCACCCGAAUCCUUCCUCCUCUCCAUUGGAAAGAGCCUACGUCCAAGCAUAUUUCAACCAUCACAAGAAAUCAUUCGGGAAGGCGAAGAUGCCAAGGCUAUGUACUGGCUCGUUCGCGGCUCUGUACGCGUGACGAGUCGCGAUGGCGAGAGCACGUAUGCCGAGCUUCGACCCGGAUCCUUCUUUGGCGAGAUCGGUAUUCUGAUGGACAUGCCGAGGACAGCAAGCAUUGUCGCUACGACGCGAAGCUUGGUCGUUCGCCUGAACAAGGAAGACUUGCAGAAGGAGCUCCCCAGCUACCCAGACGUCGAAAGAGCAAUAAGAGACGAAGCACUGGAAAGACUGGCCAUUCUGGAGCGUAAAAAGAAGGAAAGAAGUGCGGGUGGUGCAGAAGAAGGCAGCAUGAGGCCUCCAGUCGCGCCUCGAAAAAGAUCACGUGACUGGAUUGCUGGCGAUGUUGAGAUGGGAGACGCUGGAUCGCUGGACAAUGGAGAGGUCACAAGCAAUAAGAAGAGGAAAUCGCCCUCGCCCGGCAUUGCAGAAGUGGCCGCUUCCAGCGCAUUAGGCACAUCUCCACUGACCAUACGGCAGUUGUUGAAAGAACUGCCCCUGUUCUCCGGUUUGCCGUCAGAUAUUCUGCACUUCCUAGGAGUCAACGCCCAACCUCUCUCGUAUCCGCCUUUCACCGAAAUCGUCAAGCAAGGAAGCAGCGGGAGAGAGGUCUAUUUCAUCGUGAAAGGUGAUGUCGAGGUCCUGGCAGACGUGCCCGCCUCCGCCAAAACAAUCCCGUUAACGCCCACGAGUGCAGACACGAACAGCAAUUCACCAAAGCAUGACUUGAAGGUGCGAGCUCGUCUGGGUGCUGGCCAGUACUUUGGUGAGGUGACUAGUUUGAGUCUGGCACCGCGAAGAACAGCAACCGUGAGGAGUGUGAAUUACGUCGAGUGUCUGCUCAUCAAUGGCGACGUGUUAGACAAUCUGUGGCAGCGAUGUGGCUCCGAUUUACGACAGCAAGUGGAGCAGGAGGCUCGGCGGCGGCUCAAAGCUGCGCGGAGGGACGACGAUAUCGUCAUGACAGAUGUCGGAGGACCCGUUGGCGGAGGAGGCGGCAUUGACACGAGCGAGCCUCUAGACCAGUCCGGCCAUGUCGAGCAAAACGAGGAACCCAAUGACUGGCGAAAAGACCUGCCGAUUGUGAAAUUUGAGGACCCUCUCCCUAUCGCCAACCCAGAGCAGACAUCGCCCGUCGUCACUCCCAACAUGGAACCAAUCGAUCCAGACCCGUUCUUCAACGAGAAUCUCGACAACAUGCGCGCGAGAUCGAGAAGAUCAUCCCUCGCGCCUCCCUUGCCGCCAGCAGAUGGUCAGAUGUCAGCCUUGGAAAAUCGCACACCAAGCCCGCCUGCAGUCCGGGUCAUAUCUUCUUCGCCACUCAAACCUUUCCCAUACAAGAUGUCACCAUCGUCAUCCGUCGCCUCACCAAACUCUCCAUCACGCCUUAGUCCUGUUACCACGAGAAGACCGAGUCUGGUGCGGAUCCCGUCAAAUUUUGGUCAGGGCAAGCUCCCGGACACGGUUCUCGUCAAGAUCUUCAUGCACAUGGACCUCUUAACCAUCAUGCGCUGCCGACAAGUGAGCAUGCACUGGCACCACCUCAUCCAGACUUCACCAGAUCUCCUUCACGAGUUGAACCUCUCUCAGUACAACAAGUAUGUCACGGAUGAGGUGCUUCGGGACGUCAUUGUUCCGCUCGUCGGUAACAGACCCAGAGAUGUGGAUCUCUCCAACUGCUUUCACGUUACGGAUGAGGGCUUCAAAGUACUCGUUGAAGCUUGCUCAGGCUCAGUCAAGGCCUGGAAAAUGAAGUCGGUAUGGGACGUCACAGCGGGAGCUGUUCUUGCACUCGUCGACAAGGCAAAAGAGCUAGAAGAGAUUGACCUCAGCAAUUGCAGAAAGGUUGGCGACACUCUGCUCGCGAGAGUAGUCGGUUGGGUUGUUCCAGAGCAGAAAGCAGGCCAGCACUUGCCUCCACCUGCGCCACAUCCACCCAACGGCAAGAGACCGGGCAUGCGACGACACGGUGGUUCAGCGAUUUCUCCUGCGACAGAACAUGCCCCUGCGCCUCCUCCACCGGGAACAGUCAUCGGCGCACCGAAGCUGAAACGUCUCACACUUUCGUAUUGCAAGCAUGUGCAGGAUCGAAGCAUGGCGCAUAUUGCAGUACACGCGGCCGACAGACUUGAAAGCCUUGACCUCACGAGGUGCACAAGCAUUUCCGAUGCAGGCUUUCACUCGUGGGCAGUCUACAACUUUCGUGCUCUCAAGAGGCUUGUGCUUGCUGACUGCACGUACCUCAGUGACCAGGCAAUAGUUGGCAUUGUCGGCGGCUGUCGAGGCUUACGCGAGCUCGACUUAUCAUUCUGCUGCGCUCUUUCCGACACUGCGACUGAAGUUCUCAGUCUUGGACUACCAGCACUGCGAAAACUAGACAUGGCCUUUUGCGGCUCAGCAGUCAGCGACAAUAGUCUUCGAUGCAUCGGCCUACACCUGCUCGAGCUCCGAUACCUCAGCGUGCGCGGCUGUGUGCGUGUGACGGGACAAGGCGUGGAAGCCGUAGUAGAAGGCUGCCGAUAUCUCGAAAUGUUCGACGUCAGUCAAUGCAAAAACUUGCGACCUUGGCUUGAGAGGGGUGGGAUAUCGCGUGUGAACGGACCUGGUAUGAGUCGCAACGUCCGCUUCGAUAUCGUUGCCGACGGAUCAUGGAGAACGCGGUCCCGAUGAUUUUGACAUGACUUUUAUACGGAAGACACACACACAAUGAAUGCUCAGCGCGGCGUCAUGGAGCACAGUCACGACCGAGGCAUGUGUAUUGUAUGAUAUUGAUGGAUCUAUGAGCAUCAUGUGAAGGAAGGAAGGAGCCUUUAUGAAGUCCAUUUUAUGACGAUCGGUUGGUUGUUUUUAACAGCGAGAGAUACCAUCGAUGUUUGCUCUCGAUUAGUAUGUAUACCAUCUGAAACGAUCACGAUCUUGGAAUGAC